GGCCAUCACGUGUGUAACCGACCUGUGUAUCCCACGUAAACAGAUAUGUCAGCCGAGGGGGAGAGCUGGACCUGAAGUACUCCAUGGAGAGUAAUGGUAAUAUCAGCACUCCCAAUGGGGGUCAAGGUGAAGAUAAGGCACCUAGUCGACCUACUGCAGGAGGAGGAGGAGGAGGUUUGGAAAAGCUGACACGAGAGGAACUCAUAACAAAAUGUCGGAGCUUGUUGACUCUUGCUCACAAGGCCAAGUCUGCCAAAGAUGAAAUGGCUGCUGAGUUAAAACAGGUAAAAUUUGCUUCAAGGCAAGCUGAGGUGGCAAACCAAAAGCUUGGGGAAGAGGCUGAUGCUUUGAGGGAGAUGGUGGCCAACCUGACAGAAGGAAAGGUGGCUCUUACUACCAAGAUUGAGAGUCUUCAGAGGCAGUUAAAGGUUUCUUCUAGUGAGGUGGAAUCUCUUCAGGCAAUAGAACAAGACUUAGUCAUGGAUAGAAACCAUCUAGAGGGUGAAAAUUCUCAGUUAGCAGAGGAUAAUAUGAGGAACAUAAAAAAAUUGAAAGAAUUCCAGAUUUCUGCUGCUAAGAAAUCAGAGCUUCUAGAACAUGCAUGGAAUACAGAAAGAAUUGCUUUAGAGGAAAGAGUGGAAAAUCUACAAGCACAGGUUGGCCAGGUGGACAUCCUCAAGACAAAGUGUAAGAAACUUCUUGAUGAAAAGUCGACUCUUGAAGAGGAGUUGAAAAGACAACAGAAACUUGUAGCUAAAGGUAUCAAGAUACAGGGUGAGCUGAAUACUUUGAAAGAAGAGAAAAAAGCAUCAGAGAUUAUCCUGGAGAGUACUAAGAAUGACAAGAAAUGUCUUGAGGACAGAGCUAGAAGUCUUGAGAGUCAGGUUUUGAAGUUAAAGAAAUUAAAUGAAGAAAUAGUUAUAAGUUCAAAAAAAGAUCAGGACAGAAUUCACGAACUUGAAAACAAUUUGAAAGAACAUGACAUGUUAAUUCCGUGUUCAGAAGAUAGUCUUAAAGAAUCACAGGAAAAAAUAUUGAAACUUGAACAGGAGAAGCAGUCCCUUAAAGACAUUAACACAGAGUUAAAGAAAGAAAGUGAAGCAGCAGAAUCAGAUGUAAACACAUUAAGGGAGGAGCUGAGAGUAGAAGCAGAGAGGAAAAAACAACUUGAACAGCAUCUUGAGGAACUGGAAGCUCAGAAAAGAAAUGAAUUAGCCAACACUACUGGAGAAUUAAAUAACCUUAAACAAAAACUUUUAGAAAUUGAAAAAAGUAAUGAACAGAAAGACUCAGAAUUGCAGAUAUUAUUACAAGAAAAAUCUUAUAUUGAAAAGUCCAUGCAAGAUGAAAUUCAAAAUUUUAAAUUAAAGGAAGAACUUUUGAGACAAGAAAAAACACAAAGUGAAGGGAAAUUGGAAGAACUGCAUGUUGAUGUAGAAAACCUUCAAGGAAAACUUAAUGCCAUGGAAGAAAAACUGGAAAAAAGUAAUACAUGUAAUAGAGAGGUAAUGGAAAAAGUAAGUAAUUUAGAAAGGGAGAAAAAUGAUGUAACUGAACAACUGAAAAAUGAGAACAAUAGACUUAAUGAGCAGUUGAUCCAGAUAGACAAUGAACACAGCAAUUUGAUAAAAAACAACUCAAGAUGUGAAGAGUUGACUGCACAAGUAGAUGAACUUAAUAAUGAAAAAAACAAGUUAUUGGAAACAUGUGAAGACCUAGAGAACAAACUGUCUCAUAUAAGGGAAAAUUUAGAUAUUGUUCAGAAGGAAAAAAUUAAUUUAGAUGUUGAAUUUUCAAAAUCGGUUAGUGCAUUAGAAAAAACUGCAGUGGAAGAGAAAGCAAGAGCUGAUCAGUUGGCUACAGAUAUAAAAGAACUAAAAUCCCAAAAUACAGAAUUUACUUCUAGAGUGGAACAGUUGCAGAAUGAAGCUGAAAAUAUGAAAACUUUCUCAGACAUAUUACAGAACACUGGAAUAUCCUUAACAUCAGUGUGUAGGGAGGUGUACCCUAUGUUAAGCAAGAAUUUGCUUCCAGCUGACCAGGAAGAUCUUGUAGCCAAAUUACAAAGUGUACAGGAAGUACUCAUUACAGCACUCAGUAAGAAAGAUAGAUUUAAAUCUGGGGAAGAUGUUCAACAUUUAAUUGUUGCUCUUGAACAGAUUCAGGAUCAUAGUAAGAACUUGAUUCACUCAAGGGAUUGCACAACUUGGGACUUAUUUUCUUCAAGCUUUGAAAGUAUUACUAAGAACUUAAUAUUGUUCUACCUUAAUUCAACACAGGCACUUGAUGUGGAGGAGAAUAGUUUUAUGGUAGAAAAGUGUAAGAAAACAUCAUCAGCAUUUGCCAAGCUUUGUGACACUCUGAAAGAAGAAAGAUUCAAAUUCAUUCAGGUUUCAACCACACUGGAAGACUUGACGACACAAAAGAACCAGCUUGAAAAUCAGAUCGCUGAGGCAGUAAAAGAAAAACAGUUGAGUCAGUCCUUGGAAAAGGAAAAAUUACAAAUGGAAGAGAAUAUCUGUAAUUUGGAAGCAAAGUUGUUCUCUUCAGAAAACAGAAGAGCUGAACUAGAAAGUAAAAUAACAUCUGGGGAUAAUCAUAAAGAAGAACUUGUUAAUAACUUACGACAGGAGUUAAAAACUGUUAAAGAAGAAAGAGAAGCUCUUAUGCUUAAGUGUAAAGGUUCUGUUACAGAAAAAAUACAUUUUAACAAUUUACUUAAAAAACAAACUGAAGAUCUUCAAAAUCUUCUUAGAGAAAAGGAGGCUUUAGUUUCUGAGAAGGUAGUCAGAGAAAAUAAGAUUGAAAGCUUGGAAAACACAUCAGAAGAUGUGAUUAGGCAGCAUGCUGCUAAUGAGAAAAGUUGGUUAGAUGAAAAGCAUGACUUAGAGGAGAAACUCACAACACUAUCAACAGAGAAACUUAAACUUAAACAAGAUUAUGCUUCCCUUACUGUGAGUAAACAGUCAGUGGAAGACAAUUUGAAUCAAGAAAAAAGUUUGUUAGAAGAAAAAUUAAACUCUAUUAUUAAAGAACAAGAUAGUCAACUCAGAGAAGCAGAAAGUAUAAGGUGUGAAAAUGUUGUCCUGCAGAAGAAGACAGAAGAGCUUGAGGUGAAGACCAGGGAGCUACAUGAUGAAGUGGUGAGGCUCCAGAGUAAUGAGAAGAUGGCAGAGCAGGAAAUACAGGGUUUGAGAAAUGAGAAAGAGGACUUAGAGAAGACACUAAAGGAUGCAGAAAACCAUAAAGUUCAGCUUGAUUCCAAUAUUGAAGCCUUAACUGGUCGAUCUGAGGAGCUGCUGACGGAGCUGAACCAGAUGAACAAGGUCCUGCGUGAGAGAGGAGAAAGGAUAUCCCGGUUAGAGGUCACUAACAAAGAAAAAUCAGAGGAACUAGAGAGAACCUCCUCACUUUUAAAGGAGUUGCAAAUGAAGAUGUAUAACAGGGAAGCUGAGUUGGCCAACAAGCAGGAACAGCUACAGACCAUCACAGAGAAGUUACAGUCAUAUAGUAGUGAGUGUGCCCCCACUUCCCCACCUACAGACACCCAACAGAUCAGCAAACUAAAGGAAGAGAUAGAGAACCUUGAGCAAGAGAGGGCCAGUUUAAAGACGACAAUUCAGGCACUGGAGAAUGAGGUGUCAUCUAGUCGUGAGAAUGCCGGUGCAGGUCAUGAUGGCCAGAGUGAGGUCAUGAGUACAAGUACUAUUAGUCGUGCAGAAGAUACACAGAGAAUGAAGGAACUGGAGGACACAUUCGAGGAAAGAUAUAUGAAGCUGAAAAGUGUAGCCAUUAAGCUAAAGAAACGUGUAGCCGAACUAACUGCACAGCUGAACUCCUCCGAAGAAAAUCGCAAUAAAUUGGCAUCGGAGAAAGAAGAUCUUAAGAAGAAGGUGGAUGUAGGAGUUAAAGACAAUAUGAAGGCUGUAUCCAAAAACAUUCAGGUACUUCAAGGUGAGAUUGACAGACUGCAAGAUGAAGUUGAUAGUAAAACUAAGGAGCUAAAAGACCAAGGGAAACAACUAAAUUCUGCCGCUGAACAGUUAGCAACUGUCAAGUCUGAACUGGCAAAUGUGCAAGAUGAAAAUGAGAUUCUGAAUAGAACUGUUAAGAACUUAGAAGUGACAAUUUCAAGCCAAGAAGAUGCAGCUGGGAGCCUGAGAGGACAAAUUACAUCAUUGGAAAAAAGAUUAGCAGCCGAAAUUGAAAAGCAGCAAACACUUGAGGACCGCAGAAGGAAAGCAGAAGAGAGAAUGGAAGAAGAAAGACAACGAGCAGCUCAAUUUGUAAAGGAACUGGAGGAAGUAAAGCAGGAUUCUAAAACAAGAAGCCUUUUAGACCUUGAAAUAAGAGAUUAUGAACUUACUGUAGAGGAACUGAAUGGUCAGUUAGGAGAAAAAUGUUCUUUUAUAUCGGAGCUGCAGGCACAAGUUGAGAGAGAAAAAGAUCGUUCAAGUUGUCUUCAGGACCAGUUGGUUCAUCUCACCACUCAGGAGGCCACUGAGAGAGAGAGAGCUGAGAAGAUGAAGAAACUUUUACUGGAACACAAAACACAGUUGGCCGAACUACGCCUCGCCCAGGAAGCUCAUUCAGCCACCAAGGAGAUGGACCGGGUUACUAUUGAACACCUGACACAGGAGGUUGAAAAGCAAAAGUUAGUAAUAGCAGAAAUUUCCAGUGAGAAAGCAAAAUUUGAAGAAUUAGCCAGGCGAACCAAGUUAUCAUCUGAACGACAGAUCGAGGUCUUGGAGGAACAGCUCUUGAAACACAAAACUGAAGUGCAGCAACUCAUGGCUGAGCGGGAUGCUGUUCAAAAUGAGUUUGAAGGGUACAAAGUCAGAGCCACUAGUGUAUUACGACAAAAGAAUCGUCCACCAGAAGUUAAUGUAAAUGAAUUACAGUCAGAAAAGGAUCAGCUUCAGGCUGAUUGUGAAGCAACACAACUAAAAGUACAGCAGAUCCAAUCAGAAUUGUCAGCCCUCCAAACAGAGCACAAUUUCUUACAAUCUGAGAAAGAUAGAAUUACACAACAAGCAGCAUCACUGUCUGAGGAUUUAAAGAAGAGGGAAAAUUAUCACCGUGAAAAUAUUGCCAGCCUGGAAAGUAAAAUGGAAGCCAAAAUUGCCGAUUACCAAAUGAUCAUUGGAAAUAUGUCCAACCAGAAUGAAGCAAUGAGUAAUAACUUCAAGAAACAGUUGGAUACUGUGAGGCAGACACACUCCCGGGAAGUGGAGCAACUCACAAUUAAACUGGAAGAGUCUGAGGAUAAAUUAUGGAAAUUGAAGAACACUGUCAGCACCUCAGCACCAGUAACGUCCUCCAGCAGCACUUUGCAAGCGACUCCCAGUACUUCUCAUCCACUACGCUCUGAAGGGGAUCACAGUGUGCUAAAUGUAAACCAGACCAGCGCGAACCAGCAUCGUCGCCAGCCCAGUCAUGGGUAUGAUGAGCCCAGGAUUGAUGUCACUAAUAUGGUCAGAGAAGAGGGAGAGGGCUCAGAGUGGGUAGAACCAGUGCAUCGCUCCCCAGGUAAACCUAGGGGUUACAGCCCUCCGCCCCUAGACCAACUCAUAAACUCCCCUCUGCCUGCCUCUGUUGGCUUAACAUCUCAGGAUGAUAAUAUCAGCAUUGCCAGCCUCAACACAGAUGCUACAGGGAAGGAAAUUGCUAGACUUGAGACCAAGUUGAGUGCUGGUGAGACACGAAUCCAGCAGUUGACGACCCUCCUGCAUGAGUCAGAGGCAGAGAAUGCUAAGCUCAUACAACUUUCAGAUGCCCUUAAAGAAGAAAUUAGAAGGUCAGUAAGAAAUGAAGAUCGUGAGAAACAUAUGGAGAACAUGGAGUACAUGAAGAAUGUCAUACUCAAGUUCCUAGUGUUGAAGAAUGGCGAAGAAAGGAAACAUUUGGUUCCAGUUCUUAAGACUGUUCUGCAGUUGUCACCGACUGAAACAUCACAACUUGAGCACUUAGCAGUUGGUGAGGAGGGUGAAGGUGGUGGACAGGCAGGCUGGGGCAGUUACCUUCACCUUUGGUCCAGUAGAUAAUGAUGACGUAUAUCAUUAAGUUGUCAUGAGUUACUGAAUAUUAAGUUCGACUUAAAAUCCCAAUCUUUUCACAGGACUUUGUAAUGACCAAUACCAAUAUUAUAGAAACAUGAGAAAAACUAAUAUUGCAUGUUUUUCAUAAGCCUUAAGGAAUUUAAAAUUUGUUAAAUCAUGUACAGGUAACCUUCAUUUAAUGAUGGGGUUGUGUUCCUGAAAAACCUAAUGUUAUGCAAAAUUAUCGCUAAAUGAGGGAUAACAGUGAGGCACACAGGACAAUCAACAGGUUAAAACAGCAGGCCGGUAAACACUGGGUACAGUACAGUACUCCCUAAUAAUAACUGCGUUCGUUAUAAAUGGUUUCAAAGUUAACCAAUUGAUUUAUUAACACCAAACUUCUAUAUAAAUCCAGUAAUGUGGUUCAGAGUUCAACGACUUAGUGAGAACAAGGUGAGCUUAAUUUGAAAAAACUUCAAAAUGCAUACAUUAAAAAUAAACCCAAAUUACUAUGAUAAACAAUAAAUGAUCAUGAAACUGUAGUCACAGAUUGGAAUGUUCUUUACUUGUGAGGAACAAGUCAUUAUUUCACUAUUUACACAGGUAACCUCCAUUUAUGAUGUAAUAUAUUGGUAGUAUUGAAAAGUGAAAACAAUGUAACAACAUAUCUAAGAUAUGAAUAUGUAGUGUCUUUAUUUGACCGUGAAACACCACUGAAUUCAUUGCUGAGGCUUUCUGUAAAAUAAUUUUUGUUUUAUAUGUAUUGAAAAAAUUAAAGCUCCCCCUAGCCAUAGGCUUUGCUCAUAGUUAAUAAGACAUCUUAUACUUAAUAAUUCCAGAAUGUCCUCACAUCCUGUUGCUCAUUUAUUCUGCUUUGUAAUUACCAUACUUUACUUUUUUGUAGCCAGUGGGUUUUCCAGCAGUGUGUGCACUCCAUUUGUAAUACUGUACUGUAAUAUAAUGGUAGAGCCACUUAGUUAAUGGUAGCAGUGGCGGGGAAUUCGCUUGCUUUGCUGAUUUAAGAGUAAAGAAUGAUUAGCUGUCAGACAUUAUGUUUAUUAUACACACUAAUGUAGUGAUAUGGGUGGAGGAGAGGCUGAAAACUUACUCAAUAUAAAUACUAAAUGUUUUUAUUCUCAUUUGACAAGAAUUUGAUUUAUUCUAAUUUGUGUUAUAUGUAUUGAACUGUCUUAUAUAAUAGACGGGAAGACCAUGAUAUUUGUAUAGUUGUUCAAAAUUCUUAUUAUUUUCACUUAUAAGUAUUUUCCCCAUUAUAAUGCGGGGUAAUCAGAGUAAGUAAAGAUGCUCCCUUCACUUGUCAUCAUUCCUCAACAAACAUGAUCUACACAACAAGGUUCCGAGUGUACUGUAUUUCUGUUUUUUCUACAGUAUGUUGCUUAACAUAACUGGUGCUACUGUAGUUAGGAUCACAGAUUUCACCUGUAACAAAAGUGAAAUGUAAUUGCUUUGAAAUUAACUUAUAGCUGACUUUAUUUUAGUUCAUAUAAUUUCCUCUCUAUCAAUUACAUGUCCAUAUCCCAAGCUAUAAAAAUCUAAAGUUACUCAAGUUAUCUUCCUUGUUGCUUAGACACUACUGUAUUGUACUGUACUGUAUUUCAUAUGAACAUUCAUGGAUAUAACUAUCAUAACUGUUAGUAUAUUUUUUGUUUACAUUUUUAAAGAUUGACCUCACAUCAUUUUAUUGUUCUCUGCUCACUUAUCUUCCUCUCUGGUAUAUGUGUUUGUUCUUUUAUUUUUGAACACUUAUAUUCUGAGCUUGUACUUACCUUUAUAUUCUGGAUGAUAUUUUGAUAAAUACUUGUAUGGUUUACAUUGUUUUUAACACAGUAAUUAUUAUAGCACAAAGUUUUUACAGUGAGAUGAAGUAUGGGACCCACACAGGGUUUGUUUAGUUAUUAUGCCCAAAUGAGGCUAAAUUAACACUGAAUAAUGAAUUGGGGGAAGUGGAAUAGUAAAAGAAGGGCAUAUAUUACACAUGUGUUGGAGAAAAAUGUGUCAUAGGAUAUACAGUAUAUAUAUAUAUAUAUAGUAUUGUGUGAAUGAUAAAGAGUUUGCCAAAAAAUUUGUAUGAACCAUUCCUAAACUUUGACAGCUUCAUACCAUUUAUCAUAGAAUUUACAUUUUAAAUGCCAUAUUUUGCUCGGCUGAAACAUUAAGAAUAUGUUUGUUAAUUUUCUUUAAUAUGUAAAAAUAAAUUUUGAAGAAUGAAGUUUAUAUUAACCCUCUCGUUGCUCAAUGACUAAGUAUGUGUCAUCCAUUUCACUACAAAUGGUAGACAGCUUAGGACGGCUGAGAUCCCAGACUCUGGUGAUACCACCACCCCACACACACACACACACACACACACACACACUUGGCAUGCUAACUCUAGUGCACCAAAAAUUUUUUACCAGGUAUUCCCUUUAUGUUUUUGUCCUCAGGUGGGAAAUGGUAAGAAAUUUUCCCACUUGACCUAGUAUCGAGAGGGUUAAUUGUGAGUUAAUAAAAAAAGUUGACUAACACCUAUAUGUUCUGCCCUACCUUAAUUUGUCAUGUUUUGUACUUAAUACAGUAUAAUCAUA